CAGAACCCAGGAGCCCAGAGCUGCAGAACUCUCCUGAAUGACAUGGUGAAGCUGAUUUUUUCACUCGCUCUCAUCUGGACUAUUGUCAGCACAGCUAAAGCCCUGCAGUGUGUCACCUGCACAAAUCAGGCAUGUUCAACAACAGUGUCACUAACAUGUACCUCAGGCGAGACUAUGUGUAUAACAGCUUCCAUUCAAGCUUAUUCAUCGGGAACACCAGCACAACAAAUCUACAAGGCUUGUGCACCGUCCUCUCUGUGUCCAAGUCCAGGCAAUCAGACCUUUUCAGUCAACCUGGGUUUGUCAAGUGCAACUGCAUCUGCUCAGUGCUGCAGCUCUGACAACUGCAACUCACAAACACUAUCUUUUCCCAGUACAGAGAGUUCUAACAGCCUGCAGUGCACUGCUUGUAACGCCAAUACCUCUACAUGCUCCAGUAUAUCUUGUUCAGGAGAGGAGAGUGACUGCUUCACUGCAACCGUGACAAACAAUUCCUUAACAACACCAGUCUCCAACAACAACUGCUACACCAACAACAACAAGUCGGUUACCAACAACUACAACAUCUACACCAACAUCUUCAAUUCAAGCACCAACAACUACAACUGCUACACCAACAACAACAAGUCAGUUACCAAUAACUGCAACAUCUACACCAACAACUACAACUGCUACACCAACAACAACAAGUCAGUUGCCACCAACUACAAAUGCUACACCAAUAACUUCAACUCAAGCACCAUCAACUACAACUGCUACACCAACAACAAGUCAAUUGCCAACAACUAG